AUGCGCUUCAAGCUGCGUCACGGUUCCAAGCUGCAGCACUGCGAGACCAAUGUGAUGCGGCGCAUCACGCUGGUCUCGCGGGGCGCGCGGCUUCCGUUCCGCCAGCUGACACGGCAGCGGCAGGCGCUGCCCGUGUACCGGCUGCAGGCGCGGCUGACGAGCGAGAUCAGCUCGCGGCCCACGCUCGUGCUGAUCGGCGAGACCGGCAGCGGCAAGACCACCCAGGUGCCGCAGUUCUGCCACCAGGCCGGGCUCACCAAGACCGCCAUGGUCGCCGUGACCCAGCCGCGGCGGGUAGCUGCUAUGAGCCUCGCCCAGCGCGUGGCCGAUGAGAUGGCCUGCACGGUCGGCCAGAAGGUCGGCUACGCGGUCCGCUUCGAGGACUGCACGUCCACGCAGACGAAGAUCAAGUACAUGACGGACGGCAUGCUGCUGCGGGAGGCCAUGUCGGACCACCUGCUGCGCCGCUACUCGUGCGUCAUACUGGACGAAGCGCACGAGCGCACCGUGCACACGGACGUGCUGUUCGGCAUCGUGAAGAAGGUGCAGAAGAUCCGCCGCGUCAAACAGCUGCCCGAGCUCAAGAUUAUCGUCAUGUCGGCUACGAUGGACGUGGACCACUUCAGCCGCUACUUCAACAGCGCACCCGUCAUCUACCUACAGGGGCGCCAGUUCCCCGUGCAGGUGUACUACGCCAAGCAGAAGCAGGAGGACCCGGUGUUCGCGUCGCUGGUGUCGGUGGUGCAGCUGCACCAGACGGCGCCGCCCAACCAGGACGUGCUGGUCUUCCUCACCGGUCAGCAGGAGAUCCAGGCCAUGGUCAAGAACCUGCGCGACGUCAACAAGGACCUGACUGGCUGCUGUCGGCUGCGCGUGCUGCCGCUGUACGCGAACCUGCCGGUGCAGCAGCAGAUGGAGGUGUUCCAGCCGACGCCGCCCGGCCAGCGGAAGGUGAUUGUCAGCACCAACGUGGCCGAGACCUCCGUCACCCUGCCCAACAUCAAGUUCGUCGUCGACAGCGGCCUGGUGAAGGCCAGGUGCUACCAGCCGGGUACGGGUCUGGAGAUGCUGCGCGUGCAGAAGAUCUCGCAGGCGCAAGCGUGGCAGCGGACGGGCCGGGCGGGCCGCCAGUCGGCCGGCUCCUGCUACAGGGUGUACACGCGGGCCGAGUUCGAGGCGAUGCCGCGGGACACGGCGCCCGAGAUCCAGCGCUGCAGUUUGUCCAGUGUGGCGCUCCAGCUGCUCACCAUCGGUGUUCGGGACGUGCGGAAUUUCGACUUCCUGGACCGCCCCGACACCAAGGCUAUCGAUGACGCGAUGAAGGAGCUGCAGCUGCUGGGCGCCGUGUCGGCAGGCGAACAGCCGGAGCUAACGCCGGUUGGACGGCGCAUGUCCGCCUUCCCGCUCGACCCCAAGUUCGCUAAGGCCAUCCUGGCCUCCAAGGACCACGGCUGCACAGAGGAGGUGGUGACGAUCAUCGCCCUGCUGUCGGCUGACGUCAUCCUGCUGACGCCGGCGGCCGGCCGCCAGGAGGCGCUGGCGGCCCACCAGAAGUUCGUGGCGCCCGAGGGCGACAUGAUCACUCUGCUCAACGUGUUCCGCGCCUACCGCAAGGUCCACAAGAACAAGGAGUGGUGCCGGGAGAACUACCUGCACGAGCGGCACCUGGCGCACGCGGCCGAGAUCCGCCGCCAGCUGCUGCAGCUGUGCGCGCAGGCGCAGCUGCCGGUGACGUCAUCGGGCCAGAGCACGGAGCCGGUGCGUCGCAGCCUGGCGGCCGGCCUGUUCUCGUGCGCCGCCCACCUCAGCCGCGACGGACACCACGUCACGGUGGGCACGCUGCAGAAGGUGCACAUCCACCCAUCUUCGGUGCUGUUCAUGUCUCGGCCGGCGUGCGUGCUGUUCGCGGAGCUGGUGCAGACGUCCAAGAAGUACAUGCGCAGUGUGUGCAUGAUUGAUCCGGACUGGCUGCGCGACGCGGCGCCCGAGGGCUUCCACACGCGCCGGGUCAACUUGGAGACGUGACGGCCGCUCCGACCCGACCCGACCAGGCCUGGCCCCAGCGGCUGACCCUAGCGGCGGAACUCAGCAGUUGACCUCAGCGGCUGAUUUCAGCGGCGGGUUCAGCGGCUGGCCUCGGCGGCUGUCUUCAGCAGGGCUGACUUUUGUAGCUGACCUCGGCGGCUGUCCUCAGCGGGGCUGACUUUUGCAGCUGACUUCAGCAGGUGACCCCAGAGCAGCUGACCUGAACAGUGGACUUGGAAGUCAAGCGGGUGGCAAGCCAGGCUCAACCGGGUUUGACCUCAGUAGCCGACCAGGGCAACAGUCAUGCCAUGAGCUAACCUGACGUGACACCGGCGAGUGGCCAAGUCUCCCAGACAAGGUGCCAGGACGGGACUGGACUAGCCCAUGUGAUGUGACGGUCAGACGGGCUAGCGUCAGCACCAGACUGAGGUCGCCCAAACUGAGCAGCCGCUCUGGCCUUCGGAAGAGCUGGAUGUGACGCUCCGUUGACAGCAGAGGCCUCCCCACCGUCACAUUGGCCAUCCCCUGGGUCCUGGACUCCGCGUUGGUGUGUUGAGGCCAGCGGGGCCGACGCUUUGCCGUGAUGUCAUCAGGAAGCUGGUGCACGUAGAGCCCAGCCGGCCAAGCCACUGUGAAGGGGGCUGCAGUUGGCAAUCCCCCUCGCCAUCUACGGGUUUAGCUGUGCCAGGUGUUUCCGACCUGCUCGCGGUCCGCAGGAGGUUCAUGUGACGGACCGCUCCGUGGCGGCGGGUUACGUCGGGUUAGGUUUGAUUGGCGGGCUUUUGGCGCUGUGAGAGGGCCGUUGCAGCCGGACUGGUCACGUGCAUUCGGUCAAGGCCGGGAAGCGGAAGGUGCAGGCGAUAGGAAACCGGUGGUGUAUGUGAAGGGUACUGCGUGAGCGCCUGCCGGAUGUGGGCGUAUUUGUAGCGCAGCAGUGCGUCCAGAUGUAUUUAUACGUCCGAAAGGUUUGUUUUCUGAAAUAGAAAAUGCC